CACCAGCGUCCCGACAUCCUCAACCCCGUCCUCAAAAUCCACUCCUACAACCCACCCUCCCUCUCUCCAGGCUACAUCUUCCUCUCAACAUGGUCCUCCGAAGAAACCAGCGACAUUCAAAAUUCCCCCUACAUUUUUUCGAAUGAUGGUGUAAGUCCAAAAAAAUCCAUACUUCAAUUUCCAAUCCCACACCUUCUCCAACGGCACGAGAAUUCUAUCCGACAAGGUCACAUUGCUCUUUUCGACGAUCGGUAUCGCUUACUUCGAGUGAUUUCCGCUCCUGAUGGAGGAGGGGCGGUUGAUUUCCACGAAUUCCGGCUCUUUGAUGAUGGGAAGACGGCGGUUGUGGUGGGGUUGAGAGCUAUGCAGGGUGAUUUGUCGCAAUUUGGAAUUCGGGAGGGGGUGGGUUGGGUUUUGGAUUCUGUGUUUUGGGUGGUGGAUCUUGAGAAGGAUAAUAAGGUGAGGUUUGAGUGGAGGGCGAGUGAGCAUGUUGGGUUUGGGGAAAGUGUUUUGGGGCCGAGUUUGCAUCGGUUCGCCGGGAUGAGUUGGAAGUAUGCUUAUGAUUUUUUUCAUAUUAAUUCGGUUGACCGGUUCAAGAAUGGGGACUUUUUGAUUUCCGCACGACAUACGGAUACGUUAUACAGGAUCGAUGGACGGGAUGGGUCGAUUGUUUGGAGACUUGGAUCGAAGAAUUCUUCGUUCCAGCUUCUGGAUUUCAACUUCUCGGCACAACAUGAUGCGAGGAUUCUCGAAGAAUCUGAUGGCAAAGUCGUCGUCAGUCUCUUUGAUAAUGCGUAUAAUGGGAAGAGGACGACAAGUAAUUCGUCUUCGGCUAUCGUGUUCGAAGUGGACACGAAAGCGAAUGAGUCCAGGCUGUUGAAGCAAUUCUUCCCUACGAUCAAGGGUUUGGCGCAGAAUCAAGGCUCGAUGCAGAACUUACCUGAUGGACAUACCUUGGUGAGCUGGGGUCUCAUUGCUGAAUUCUCUGAAUUCGAUCAGCAGGGAAAGACUGUCUUGGAUGUUGCUUUUGCGGAGACGACGACUCGUGCAUAUCGGGUUCGGAAAUUCGAUUGGAUUGGAAGACCAGAUGAGAGUGAAAUUGCUCUAUAUCUUUAUGCGAGGACUAACAGUAGUAGUGUCUAUUUCUGGAUGAGCUGGAAUGGAGCUACCGAGGUCAGGAAAUGGAGAAUGUUGCGAGAGGACGGACGGGUCUUGGACACAUGUGAUUGGGAAGGCUUUGAGACCGGCUUCGAUGUAGAGACGUUCGUUUCAAGUGGCUACGUGGAAGCCGUGGCCGAGGAUGGAAAGACUCUGGGUCGAUCCAAGGUUGUGAAAACCUUUGUUCCGCCCGAGAGUAUGGCGAAGGUCUGUGGCGAUAUGCAUUGCAUGAUGCAGGUGUUUCCUUCGAAGGCAACUGCGGUCAAAGAUUCUGCCAAAGGUCGGAAGCGUGGGCUGCUGCUAUCAAGUUGUAAUACAGCUUGGGAUAUGACUUGGCUGAGCAUGGUUUCUGGCGUUUUGAUCGGAUUUCUGGCGUCUAGAGUCAGAUGGUCGACCAUUAUCAACAUUAGAAUUAUUACGGCACUGCUCGAAAGAUUCAGAGUAGGAUAA